AUGAACAAGGGUGAUCAUCACGAGAAAGAGAAGGAAAAGGAGGAAGAGGAGGAGGAGGAGGCCUACAGCACCACCACCACAGUGCCCUACAGUGAGGACANCUCUUCAUCAUCAUCCUCAUCAUCAUCCUUCUCCGCAGGAAGUGAAUCCCUCAGUAAGCACGGAAUCACCCUGAGGAUAGCGCCAAACACUGCCGGCUUUGAGACGUCGAUAGAGAAGAAGUCGGAGAAGGGGCUGGCGACAAAGAGCUCCUCAAAGAUGAACAAGGGUGAUCAUCACGAGAAAGAGAAGGAAAAGGAGGAAGAGGAGGAGGAGGAGGCCUACAGCACCACCACCACAGUGCCCUACAGUGAGGACAGUGACUCGAGGGCAAAGAGAAGGACGCCCAAAACGACAACCACCACCACCACCACCACCACUGCCAAACCAUCAAAGUCCACUCAUAAACACAAAGAGGAGGAAGAGGAAGAGGACGAGGUGGACGACGAAGCGGACGUUCGCGACAAGCGCAAAGCUUCCGCCCACAGCAAAGAUGAAGAGGAGGAGAAGGAGGAGAAAAAGAGUUCAAAGCCAAAACACGUGCCUAAAACGACGACCACAACCACCAAAUCGCCGCCAAAUCGCUCAAAGAGAAAAGAACGCGUAGACCGAAGUGCCGUCGA